AUUCCGAAUUAUAGGCUCAUUGUGAUGGAACCCUUUUAUGUACACUACUUCACGAAUCAACAAUAAUAUAAUUAAUCAUUAGAACCCUCGUCAUCAUCAUCAUCUUAAGCUAAAAGCUUAUCUCAUCGGACAGAAAAAUGUCUAAAACUAUUGCUAUCUUUGUAAGUAUCAGUGUGAAAUUUAUGGAGCUGGUUUUUAUUUAUAGAUUUGUCUACAACAGAAUUUGCACCACUACCCCCCCCAUAAUUCUUUGUUAGACUUGCAAACCCCACGCGCCGGUAUUAGCUAAUGGACAUAUUUUAGUAAAAGUAUUGUUACCUAUUGCAUCUUCAGGCUGACGUAACUAAACUAUAUGGUAUCAAAAUUUACUAAGUAAGUGAAACUAUCAUCCCAAUACAACGUGAUUGAUUUGCAGUCUAGGCUGACCUAGACUCCAGAACAUGCAGGUAUCAGCUGCUCCUUUCCCAGCACCUAUCAUUUUGACUACAUAAGAAAUACUACGAAUACAGAAAGAAAGAAGAAAUUCAUAUCUACAUAAGAUGUACCUAGCAAAAUCCUAAUCAUUAAUCUGAGCAAAUCCGUCGCUGCCACUACGAGUACAACCUACUCCCUCUACUGUAAAUAGGAAUAACAAAGGUGUGUCAUUUUCUUUUCUCCUUAAUUUUUUCGUCCAGUUAAAAUGUCUUAAGCCUUGGGAAGGAUCUAGAAAAUUCCUUGACCCGGGGAAACAUACAGUUAGUGCAGGAUUUUGGUCUUCGGGCAGUUUAUUUGAGAAAAAGAUAAGGUUUGAGUAGUUAUGGUGCUUGUAUACUCAUCGGUGAUGAUUUUUUAUUAAGUCCUACCCCCACUACGAAAACCCUUUGCCCACCGACCAGCUACCUGCUUGCUUGACACUCAUCGUUUUAUGCUAGACUUUAUAGUUUAUUAUUAUUUUAAAAUUUAAAUAGUUUGUUCCUGCUAUCAAAUAAUGUUUUCCUUUGAACGUGAAAAUUGCGUGGAACGGAUUUUUCUUGAAGCUUGACAUUUUUGACGUUUCUUUGCAUCGAGUAAAAACCAACAAUUGAUCACUUUUCAUCGACAGUGAUGGAGUUCAAUGGGUGUCGCAUGAAUGAGGUGUCGGACCCUGUGGAUUUUGAGUUUUAUUACCGCGGAAGAUCGCUCACGCCAAGUCCCGUCCCAGUGCUAACAACAAAUGUAUGCUGCGACUUAGAAGACAUAUUGAGCGACGCCAUAUCAGAGUCUCUUCAAAGCUCUCUAAGAAUAAGUCGCAGUCAGCUAAUUAAUCAAGAGCUGACAAUACGACCUGAAGCGAACAUAGAAUCUAACGUCCCUGAAGGUCUUGACCUGUUCAAAGUUAUUUACGAAGUGGAAAGUGAUACUGAUACUAGGAUGGGUGAUACAGUUGACGGAGCGAGUGUACAGAAUAUACCAGUAAAGAGUCAGGAUUCGUGCCGGCAUGUCGGCGGUUCGAAGUUCUACGAGAUAGUAGAAGGUUCUGCGAGCGCGGACACCUCAACGCCAUCGCCAACGGAGAAACACGACCACAUGAAACCCAUUGAAAGUGAUGAUGAAGUGUCAGAUGUGGACCAGGAGUGCACAGUGUUCUGCGGCGUCAGCUACCUCGGCGCGCAGAACAUCGCGGACCCGAAGUCGGAAACUGACAUACAGCGUAUCAUGAAGGAACUAAGCUCGAUGCCUGAGAACCGAGACGGGAUAGCCGUAUCAAUAUCCAUACCAGUGUGUUCGCAGGGACUUGUUGUAUUAUACCAAGCGGCUACAAACAGUGUGAUGACACGGUACGCAGUCAACAGGAUAUCGUUCUACGCGAGAGGCGCGGCUGGCACGCCGGUCGCCUCGUGUUUUGCAUUUACGUGGUCUCACGGGGAGACCAAAGAGUCUGCAGUCUACCGCUGUCAUGUUUUCCGAUGUCACAUCGCCGAAGCUGUCAACCAAGUUUCAAGCUGUUUCGCUAAAGCAUUCGAGCGCAUUCCACGGUCCAUGGCAUCGUCACUUGUGGGUGAUAUAAGCGCAGCACCAUCCAUGACCGGUUCACUAACAGAAGGGCUUGGACCCGCCGCACCACCGAUGCAACUUAUGCACGUACUCGAAUGUACUGUGGAUAUUAAGGAGAUCGAUGCCAAGGGCACAUUUAGCCAAGUACCUAAGGAGCGUCUCGGCUACAAACUGCGUGGGGGUAUAGACAAACAAGUGACCAUAAACGUGACACAGGUUACCAACAAUGUGCAAGCAGACACUGACGAUCUCCAGUCAUCAUAUACGGGCGGUUUGUACAUCGAGAGGUGUUUCGGCAUACUACUGGCGCCCGGACGAAGCGUUAAACAUUCCGAUAUGCAACUGCUAGAAAUGGUGAGCGGUUCAUCAGGCGGAUCGGGCUGUUCUGUUUGCGCUUUGUGGAACGCGGGCGAGUCGGCGUUGGCCGCUUUUAAUGUUGCAAGUGGAGACGGGGCGCCGGCCUAUAUGUCUCUGGCCCUCGACCUCGUAAUAAGGGGUAUUCGGGAUCCGCUGCGACUAGUAGUUGAAACGCCGGUCAAAGUGUUUCCGCCGACAGAAAGAUUUUGGUACUACUCGAAACGACCUCUUGUACAACAGUUCUAUAUCAAUUUGAAAGAGUCAGUAGAUUCUUUAGGGCAGCUACAGUAUGAAGUAACUAGUGUGGAAACUUCAGGGGAGUUGGAUAGAUCGCGAUUGAACUUGCCCUUAUCGCUAUCUAGUCUGUUGCCAUCGCCAUUGUCAACUGCGCCGGCGCCGCCCUCGCCUUCUGAGCCCGAUUCAGAUGGUGAUGAACCUCUUCUCAGCGGGACAGGCGAAGUGUCCAAAGAUUGCGGUGUCGAUGUACUCGAAAAUUGGGCACAAGUUUUGAGAAGUUGGAUCGGCCCUAGACCUCGAGCCCUUAGCCAGUUAGUACGCGUGGGAGUACCGGAGGCUCUGCGUGGCGAAGUGUGGCUUCGACUAGCCGGCGUGGAUCAGAAUGAUAAACUAAUGGAGACUUACCGGACUCUUAUAAGCAAGGAUUGUCCGUUCGAAGCAGUGAUACAACGCGACAUAGCGCGCACGUUCCCGGCUCAUGACUUCUUCCGUGAAGCGGGCGGGCUCGGGCAGGAUUCCUUGCUCCGAAUGGCGAGAGCCUACGCUGUGUACGACCACGAGGUCGGCUACUGUCAAGGGUUGAGCUUCUUGGCGGCUACACUGCUUUUGCACAUGCCUGAAGAGCAAGCAUUUUGCCUGUUAGUGCGUCUCAUGUAUGGAUAUGGGUUGCGAGAACUGUACAAGGACGGUUUCGACGCGUUAUACAUGCGGCUUCAUCAGCUGGACAGAUUAAUGGAAGAACAACUAAACGACCUACGCGCCCACUUCCAAGAGUUGGGAGUUGAACCGCACAUGUUCGCAUCGCAGUGGUUCCUAACAGUUUUUACUGCCCGGUUUCCAUUGCCAUUGGUUUACCAUAUAUUGGACGUAUUUCUGCUGCAAGGCAUGGACACACUUUUCCAAGUCUCCUUGGCAUUGCUCUCGCGCGCUCGCAAAGACCUCUUGCAGCACGAUUUUGAAGGCGUACUCAAAUAUUUCAGAGUUACGUUACCAAAGAAAUGUCGUGCAGAGGAGGCAGCCCGCCAAAUCGUCAAACUUGCGUGCAGUAUUAAAGUGAAGCGGCUACAAAAAUAUCAGCUCGAAUACGAGAAGUUUAUUAAAGAGUCUGCAGAAAAGGAGAAAAUAAACGUGGAACUGGAAAGGUUAAAAGGAAUCAAUUCGCAACUACAACAAGAUAAAGACAUGUUAGAAGCACAACUCAUGCAGGCGCGCAGCAAUUACGAAGAAGCACAGAAAGAGUCCGUACACUAUGCAGCGGUUGCGCGUGACUACAGAGAGAUCUGCGCUCGUCUAGACAAACAGCUACAUACAGUACAGGAUUGUGUGAAAAGCUGUAUGAACUGCAGUUUAAAGUUGGCACAGAAAGACAAUAAAGAAGAAGUGGAACAGAAGCCCGAGGAGGAAAAGGAGAACUCAAGCGAUACAGAAGCUCGCUUAAAGCAAAGAGUUCGUGAUCUCGAGCUGGAACUAGCGCAGGUUAAGUUGGCGCAUGUGCAGGCGCAAUGCAGUAACCAGGAGCUAAGCCACCAAUUAAACGCAGCUUUAAACGAGAUGCAAGCGGCCAUGAAUCAAAAGCAAACUGUCACGCCGUGGCUCGUCAGGACUCUGGGUUCCAUCAUGGAUGCUGCGCAAAACCGGCCAUCAUUUCAAACUUACCUUCCGAAUUUAAAUCCGGAGCAACAGUCGCCCUCGCUUCCGAGGCAAGGUUCUUUUUCGAGCACACAGGGACAGAGCCAAGCGAAUCUCGACCGCCGUGUGUCCGAGCCAUACAGUCCGGUGGUAGUGAGGAGGAAGAAGGAUCUCAACGCGAAAAGACACUCAAUGCUAGUUGAAUCCAACCAUAGCAAUGAAGUUAAAGACCUAAAUCGACGGAGCCAUGAAGUUAAAGACCUAAAUCGACGGAGCCAUGAAGUGAUUGUAAAGAACCUAUCCAUGGGUUGAUAAUAGCGUUCGAUUUUUGAUUUUUUGGUUGAUUUCAUUCGAGGCGUCGCGUUCGGUGUUUGAAUGAAUGUUAUGUUCUUAUAUUGAUAUUAUUGUCUAUGGUGAAAAUUAUUUAUGCAUGGAGUUCUAUGGUAAGAGAGAUGUUAGGUUUAAAAUGCACAUAGCUAUCACUAGUCAGUACGGUAUGUAACCAGAGCUAUGUAUUAUUAUUAUUUUAUUUUUUGUGGAACAUUCGAGGGGAGCUUGCCAUUUUCUCAUUCCAUAUUACAAUACUAUUACAGUUUUGAUUUGUCAAGAGUGGUCAUUGCGUUCGGAAAUAUAACGCAUUUAAAUUUUUAAUUAUAAUAUUUAUGUGUUUUAUGUUUACUUGGAUUUCUAAUAUGCGACAACUUGUAAAAAUGUUUUUUUUAUGUGAAUACUUAGUUCUAAACUCGUUUGAGUAAAAGACUUAGAUUUCCGGUGCAGGUCGGUGAUUGUAUGUAAAAGUAAUAAUAAUUUUUGAUAUUACUUUAAAAGCUCGAUACUCAAUAAAUGGCCUUAAUAGUUUUAUCGUUGGAAUAACUAAGAAGGUAUUUAAAUUGAAGACGAUAGGGGAAAUCGAAAAGAUGUACGACUCGGAAGAAUAACUUUAAUGACAUAACCGGGCAAGCCAAAAAAGCAGAGUUUUAAGGAGAUACAAUCAACGUCUCUCUUAUCAGUUCAUACAAAAAAUCGCAUGAUAAACCAGUCUUUAAUAUUAAAAAUGUAGGAUAUAUUUGAUUUUGACAUAAUAUAGUAAGAGUGUUUUUUUUUUAUAUUUGUGUUAUAAACUUUGGUAAUUUCGCUUGCGCGGUAUUAUUGUUAACUUCACGAUUUUGGCCUUUUAUGGAUUGGAUCCCUUUUGCUUAGGUACGAUCGACUUAGAAUAUUGAUUGCUAAUAAUUCAACAAACUAUUUUUAUGAUGUUUUCAUAAAAAAGGUUGUCUAUGACAUUGGAAUUACCUUAUAACGAAUAUUAUUUUAUGCCUAAGCGAGUGCCUUCGUUCUAUAUUAACUCGAUGUUAUAAGACUGGCGCAUAUAUUCAUAAUCGAAAGGAUAAAGAAAUAUUUUAAAAAUUUGAUAGAAGCGGGCGUCGCUUCUCAGAUAUUUUUAUUCCAUUAUAUACAACGGGCAUUAAGCUUAAUUUGUGAUUUUUUUUUUAUUCCAUACAAAUUACCCCUUGACUGAAAUAUCACCUGGUGGAAAGUUAUGAUGCAGUCCAAGAAAGUAACGGGCUAGCUGGUUUAGGGGUAUGGUAGUUAUAUUAAAACUAUACCCCUAAUUGGUUUAUACGCUUCAUCGGCAGCGUUCACCGAUGCGCCAGGGAGGUCGUUAAUUUAUUUUUAUUUUCUAAUGUUCAUUGUGAAAACACCUUAAGUGACCUGUGUCCCCCCCCCCCAUCUCCCCUUUCCACCAAAGUAGUAAUUUAUAUUUAUUCCAUAUUAUAAUUAAGUUAGUCAAGAUGUUCAU